GUUCCACCCCUCUGGCCCGGCCCGUGCGGCCUUCCUGGCCUUCACUGCCCGCCUGGACCAAGCGCUGCACCCACGGUACCACCGGCUGCACCUGCACCUGCAGGCGCUGUAUGGCCCCAUUGACCCCCGACCGGGACACGAUGGCCGUGGGGCGCGUGGGGGGCGCCCCGGGGGGCCAGCGGGAGCGGCGUGUGGUGGCUGCGCUGGCCCCACUGCUGGCGGAGGCCAACUUCCAGCGCCUGCCCGAGGCUGCCAUCGCCUUCGCCCCUCCUGGUGCAGCAUCCACAGGACGAGGUGCAGGUGUCGGUGAAGCUGGAGGAGUACGAGGAGAUCCAGUUCUGGGCACUGGGGGCAGUGUGUGGGACCCCUCCCUGACACCGCCCCCCGCCCCCCGCCGCUGGCGCUAUGGCCGCCCCCCCCCGUGCCCCCCCAAAGGCGGUUCUUUCGCCGUGUGGUGCUGGUGGCACGGCCGGCGUGCCGGGGCGCUGGAGCUGGCAUCGUUCCGCGCGGGUGCCACUAGACGCGCUGGAGCUGCUACUGGCGCGGGGGCGCGUGCGGACCCCCGGGCUGACGCGGGCGCGGCUGCACCUGGGGCUGGCAGCCUGGGCCACCUUCCUCUUCCUCAACCUGGGCCUGGGGCUCAUGGCCGACCUCAAGGUGGGGGCCACUGGGCUCCUGCUGGGGCUGGGGGCCGCUGUUGCCUUCCGGGGAGCCAAGGGGAUGCUGGGAGGUGGGCACUGGGAAGGACUGGGGCAAUACCAUCGAGACCUGGCGGACCGCCCUCCCAGCCCGCCACGCCGAAUACCAUAGAGUUGGCGGACCGCCCUCCCAGCCCGCCCCAUAGAGACCAUAGAGAGCUGAGGACUGUCAGCCCAGCCCGCCAUUCGGAAGCGAGCCGACCCCUUUACGCGGCGACGCGGAAUGGUGGGGCCGGAGGGUGGCGGGACGGGGACGGGGUGGCCAGCCCCGCCCCCGUGUCUCCCCCGGCCCUUCCGCGCCCCCCCCGCUUUGCCGGGAGCUGUGGGGGUCCCCGCGAAGCCGCCCGCGGGUGCUGCUGCCCCAGGGGGUACCCCGAGAGUGUCAGCCCGGAUUACCUCCAGUACCAGUGCUGGGAUGCGCUCCAGGCGCUGUGCAGCACCCUGACGGGCGCCUUGGCCACCCGGGCAGUGCUCCAGGCCGUGGGGGUGGGGGACAGCGCUGCCACCGUCACGGGGGCCACCCUCACCUGGGUGCUACGUGAUGGGGUGGGGAUGGUGACACGCAUCGCCUUCGCCUGGCUCCAGGGGACCCGCCUGGACUGUGAGGCAAAGCAGAGAUGGCGGCUGGCUGCUGACGUGCUCAAUGACUUGGCGCUGGUGCUGGAGCUGCUGGCGCCUGCCUGGCCCCCCCACCGGCCCCGGGUGAUGCUGGGGGUGCCCCUGCCGCAGUGCAUUGUGGGAGUGGCAGGUGGGGCGACGCGGGCAGCACUGGCUGUGCACCAGGCGCGGAGGGACAACAUGGCCGACGUGGCCGCCAAGGACAGCAGCCAGGAGACGCUGGUGAACGGGGCGGGGCUGCUGCUGGCACUGCUGCUGCUGCCACUGCUGGAGGGGCGGCCAUGGUGGCUGGUGGUGACGCUGCUGCUGGUGACCCACCUGGGUGCCAACGUGGGGGCGGUGGGGGCCCUGUGCCUGCCCACCCUCAACCGGCCCCGCCUGCGCCUCGCCCUGGGCGGGGCCUUGAGGGGUGUGGUCCGGGGGGGUGGUGGGCUUUGGCCCAGCCCCAUUUGGGAGGAUGGAGGCGUCAUCAACGUCCCCAGCCCCGAGGAUGUCAACCCCCGUGAGCCCCUGCUGCCCGGCUUCAGCACCCGCCUGAACCUCCAUUUGGGUGCCCCCUUGCACCGGCUGGUCAAGAGCGAAGCAGAGUUCAAGAAGGCGCUGGAAUGUGGCACCGAGGAUUACAUCAUUGUGCUGCGGCCCUCCCAAGGGUGGGUGGGGGUGGGGUUACGGCAGGGGGCCCCCCCUGACACCCCCCUGCGAGCCUGUGCCCAGGCCCUGCUGCUGGAGGAGCUGCUGGGCCCUGACCUGCCCCUGGGGGCACCCAUGGGUGCUGCCCUGCGCCCGCUCCAACGCCGCCUGCGCCACUGCCCGCCGGGGAUGGUGCCGUGGGGAGUCGUGGCUGAGAGCUCCCGCCUGUGGCGCACGCUUGGCCCCGCCUUCCUGCGUGGGCUGACGGCCGCUGGCUGGGAGACGCACCGGCACCUCCUGGCCCCCGAUGAAUGGCAGCUCGAGUGGGCAGGGUCAGAGGGUGGGGCCUCAGGCAAGCCCUGCCCCUCACCCCACCCCCAGUAAACCGGCUCCACCCAGCUCCGGAUUUACCCAAAAUCGGCCCAAAAUGGGGCAGGGGAAGGGCCAAAAUGCAUAUUUUUGACAAUGGGUCCAAAAAACCAUUUUUCCAUUAUUUGUAAAAAUGUACAUUCUGCUGA